AUGGCGCACUACACGUGUUCUUUGUCGCUGGCGUUCAUAUGCGUACUCAUGUUAGGUCGCAGCGUACCGGAAACGGAUGCAGCACGCAUUCUUGGCAUACUGCCUUCCGUGGGACGAUCGCAUUACAUCAUUGGGGCUGGUCUUAUGAAAGCACUGCUCGAUGCAGGCCACGACGUGACGAUUGUGAGCCCGUACGCUAUGAAAGGUGCGCCAGCUGAUCGGCACCGUGACAUUCUACUGCCGGAUCUAGCCGCCUCGCACGACGUAUCCGGACCGGAUCUCUUCCAGUACAAGAACGCACCGAAUGUGAUGGUGCUGUAUCUGGUGUACAGUGAAAUUGGUCCGCUUACCUCGCAGGCACUGCUAGAGCAUCCAAAGAUGGUGCAGCUGAUGGAAUCGGGCGAACGGUUUGACGCCGUCAUUGUGGAAUCGUUCGCUAGCGAGGUGCUGUACGGUUUGGCGGAACACUUCGGUGGCCAGCUGCUUGUGUUCUCACCGUUCGGUGCAUCUAUGUGGACGAGCGAGCUGGUCGGUACGCCCUACCCGUACUCGUACAUACCGCACACCUUCCUGAGCUACACGAACGAAAUGACUUUUUGGCAACGGUUCACGAAUGCACUGGUUGGCCAUGCGGAUAAGCUGUACUAUCGGUGCGUCUUCCUACCCCAGCAGGAAGCCAUGUUUCGGAAGUACUUUCCAAGCGCGAAGCUAACCUUCCAACAAACGCUUGAAAGUGUUCGGCUGGCGUUUGUGAACCAACACUUUAGCCUUAGCUAUCCGCACCCGUACGCACCGAACAUGAUCGAGAUCGGUGGCAUACAGAUCCAACCGCCCAAAGAGCUUCCGUCCGACAUACAGCGGUACAUCGAUGAGGCACCGCACGGUGUGAUCUACUUUUCGAUGGGUUCCAUGCUUAAGGGACGUAACUUCCCGGAGGACAAGCGUGCCGCAUUCGUGAACGUGUUCCGCGACCUGAAGGAGAACGUGAUCUGGAAGUACGAGAAUGAUAGCCUACCGGACAAACCGCCGAACGUGCUGAUCAAGUCGUGGAUGCCACAGAGCGACAUUCUUGCCCAUCCGAAGGUGAAGCUGUUCAUCACGCACGGUGGACUGCUGGGUACGACCGAGGGCCUCUACCACGGUGUACCGAUGGUCGGUAUUCCGAUUUACGGCGAUCAGGAGCUUAAUCUGGCCCGUGCCGAGCGGGCCGGGUAUGGUGUGAAGCUCGAGUACGAUACGCUAAGCGAAGUGACGAUCGCUGCCGCCAUUCGGAAGGUACUGUCCGACGCAUCUUACACCGAGCAGGCCCAACUGAUCUCGAAACGCUACCGCGACCAACCGCUCGGUCCCGCGAAAACGGCAGUCUACUGGGUGGAGUACGUGCUGCGGCACGGUGGUGCACCGCAGCUUCAAUCACCGGCCGUCCGGUUGUCGUUCGUCGAAUACAAUCUGCUGGACGUGUACGCGUUGAUGACCGUGAUUGCUUUAUCAGUGCUAAUUGGGUUGGGUGCGACAUUGAGAGCGCUACUGCGCCGGUUAGGAAUUGUCAAACGGCAACCGCGCCACUCCAGGCAGGGUAGCGGUAAGAAGAAUCAGUAA